AUGGACGUUUGGUCAGAUAGUGAGCCUCUGGCCCUGCAGUCGGAAGGGGAUGUUGUGAUUGGUGGGCUUUUCCCUCUCCAUUAUGUAGCUCCUAAGCCACAGCACAGCUACCACAGCAAACCUCAGCUCACACCUUGCAGUGGCUUUGACCACAGAGCCUUCCACUGGAUGAUGGCCAUGGUGUUUGCAGUGGAGGAAAUUAACCGUAAUUCAAGUCUGUUACCAGGUGUUAAACUAGGCUACCGGAUCAUAGACAGCUGUGACGAUGUCCACACCAGCCUGCAAGCUCUUUUGUCUUUAUACAUAAAUGGAAACGUAACAGAGGAGAAAAUGGAUACAAAUACACAAUCUCAAAGUUUUUCCUUAUGUCUGGCUGAUUCUCCUGUGCCUGCUGUGAUCGGCCUUGCAUCCUCUUCCCCUACAAGAGCUGUAGCUCAAACUCUUGGCCCUUUCAACCUCCCACUGGUGAGUUAUUUUGCCACUUGUACCUGUCUUUCUGACAAGCAUAUGUACCCGUCAUUCUUGCGGACUGUGCCGAGUGAUUUCUUUCAAGUUAGAGGUCUUGUUCAGCUGGUCACCUUCUUAGGCUGGCUCUGGGUCGGCACAAUAGGGACCACGGAUGACUACAGUCAGUAUGGCAUCCAAGCAUUUUCUAAUCAGUUUAGACAACAAGGUGGGUGUCUGGCAUUUCAUCAGACUAUCCCAACAUCCCCCACAGCGGCUGAGAUACAGGAGAUGGUAGACACUCUGCAAAGUUCAACCGCACGGGUAAUGGUGGUCUUUGCCACGGAGGGACAGCUGCUGGAUCUUUUCUUAGAGCUGGCUCAGAGAAAUGUGACAGGGAUCCAGUGGGUAGCUAGUGAAGCCUGGGUGACCGCUAGCCUGCUGACCUCUUCCCACUUUCACCCUGUUCUAGAGGGCACGCUGGGCUUCUCCUUCCCUACAGUCAGGAUCCCCGGCUUCAAAGAAUUCCUGUUGAAUGUCUACCCCUCUCCCAAACCUGGGAUGACAUUUGUCAACAUGUUCUGGGAAGAGCUGUUUGGCUGCAGGCUAGAGUUUAAAGAAGACCACUCCAAAGAAAAUCAAGCACCUGUUUGCACUGGUUCAGAGGAUCUGAGGUACACUAACAGCAGUUUUACGGAUGUAUCAGAUGUAUCCUAUAAUGUGUAUAAAGCUGUAUACGCCAUUGCCCAUGCACUGCACACUUUAUUGAACUGUGAUUCUGCAGGACAUAACAAGGGAACAUGUGAUAAUCACAAAUUAUUUACGUCUAGGCAGUUGCUGCAUCAUCUGAAGAUAGUGAAUUUUACCAACCAGUUUGAGGAGAAGGUAUAUUUUGACUCCAACGGAGAGCCGGUCCCUCUCUAUGACAUCAUUAACUGGCAGAAGGAUAGCAAGGGGAUAAUUAGAUUUAUUAAAGUGGGAAGCUAUGACGGUUCGGCUCCAUUGAGAAGACAGUUGCAGAUAGAGCAGAACACCAUUGUGUGGACAAAAGGACAGUCACAGGUGCCUGCAUCUCAGUGUAGUGCUCCAUGCUCCCCUGGCAGCAGGCAGGCCAGACGUCCAGGAGAGCCCCACUGCUGCUUUGAUUGCUUGCCUUGUGCAGAUGGACAGAUCACCAACCAGACUGGUUCCACUGAGUGCACAAAAUGUCCUGAAUACUACUGGUCAGACAAAGACAAGGUGAAAUGCAUAGCCGGAAUCGAAGAAUUCUUGUCUUUCCACGACACCAUGGGCAUCAUCCUUGUCACCCUCACAUUGCUGGGUGUCGUCAUGACAACCAUCGUCACUGCUGUCUUCUACCGUUUCCGUUCCACACCGAUUGUCAAGGCCAACAACUCAGAAAUAAGUUUCUUGCUUCUCCUGUCACUCAAGCUUUGCUUCUUGUGUCCCCUUCUGUUCAUUGGCCAGCCAUCUAUGUGGACAUGCAGGCUCCGCCAGGCAGCAUUCGGCAUCAGCUUUGUCCUCUGUCUGUCCUGCCUCCUCGUUAAGACCAUCGUGGUUCUCUUGGCCUUCCGGGCUAAUGCACCUGGUUCCAGGGGUCUGAAGUUGUUUGGUCCCUCUCAACAGAGGAUUCUGAUCCUCUGCACUACAGCUCCUCAGGUUUGUCUCUGUGCUGGUUGGCUUUUGGGCGCAGCUCCCUUCCCAUUCAAGAACCCAAACUAUCAAGCCACGACUGGAAAAAUUGUUGUGGAGUGUAAGGAACCAUGGCCCCCUGGAUUUUAUCUGGUCCUGGGCUACAUUGGUCUGCUGGCCUUCAUAUGCCUACUCCUUGCGUUUCUCGGACGCAAACUACCUGAUACCUUCAAUGAGGCGAAGCUCAUCACCUUCAGCAUGCUGAUCUUCUUGGCCGUCUGGAUCUCUUUCAUUCCAGCUUAUGUUAGCUCUCCUGGGAAGUUCACUGUGGCUGUGGAAGUAUUUGCUAUAUUAGCUUCAAGUUUUGGACUGUUACUUUGUAUUUUUGUACCCAAAUGUUAUAUAAUAUUAUUGCAGCCUCAGAGGAACAUAAAGAAAGGCAUGACUAGAAAAUAUCUUACAUGA